AUGCAUUCCACAUCCCUUAUCCUCACCAUUUCCCCUCUACUGUCCCUCUCUAUGGCCGCUGGCGCCGAUUUCCCUUCCCUCUCCAUCGAAGACAUAAAGCUCUCCUCUUACUACCUCAUGGUAUCUCCCUCCGCCCAAGGCUCAAGACAAGGUCUCAUCGACUUCACCAUGACCAACAGCGUAGUCGAAGUUUCUAUCAUAUGCAGUGGGAAGAACUCGAAUGCCUUCGCCGAAUUCAACCCCUCUGUCACUUACGAAUGCGACUUUACGCCUGCUGGAGCAGAAGAAGGGAGGAAUGAAGAUUGGUGCUGGACAAAUAACGCGACUUUCAACUUCGAUACGACUACGCAGGAUGUGUACAAUUUGACGGUACAGAUGAGUUGGACUUGUGAGAAGUAA